AUGUCAGGAGCAAGACAUUGGGAACAAGACAAGGAAGCCACCGUCUAUAUUGGCAAUAUUGAUGAGCGCGUUACUGAUAGCUUGGUAUGGGAAUUGAUGUUACAAGCUGGUCGCAUUGUCAAUGUACAUUUACCCAAAGAUCGCGUCACUCAAAAUCAUCAGGGCUAUGGAUUUGUGGAGUUUAUAUCAGAGGAGGAUGCUGAAUAUGCGGCGCGCAUUAUGAAUCAAGUGCGAUUAUUUGGAAAGCCAAUCCGUGUGAACAAGGCCUCUGCCGAUAAACAAAAGACUGUUGAAGUCGGCGCAGAACUCUUCAUUGGUAAUCUUGACCCUAUGGUGGACGAAAAGACCCUAUACGAUACCUUCUCGCGCUUUGGAUCUCUCAUCUCUCCUCCCAAGAUCGCUCGCGACGAAUCCUCUCUUUCCAAAGGUUACGGCUUCGUAUCAUAUGCCAACUUUGAAGCUUCUGACGAUGCUAUCGCAAAUAUGAACGGUCAAUAUUUAAUGAACAAAGAUAUCUCCGUCCAAUACGCAUACAAGAAAGAUGGCAAGGGAGAAAGACACGGAGAUGCAGCCGAGAGAGCCCUAGCAGCUCAAGCAAAGAAACACAACGUGAUUCCAGAUCUACAAAACAUGCCACCAGGUUUAUUAUUAGGCAUGAAUGGAAUUCCACAAGCUCCAGCAGCAAUGUUGAACGAAUCUCCCAUACCUACCGCACCCCCAGGAUUCCCACCACAACGUCCUGCUUAUAAUUCCGUUCCUCCUCCCGGUGGUCCACGCGGUGCUCCAGGAGGACAGCCCCAACAUCUUCCACCUCCUCCAUCUGGCCUCCCUCAAAGACCACCCCCCUCGCAAGCCGGCUGCGGUGGCCCACAAAUGGAUUUCCACAAUCAACAUGUUCCACCCACGGGCCCAGGUGGAGCAUACGGACAUCCUACUACCGGACCUGCACGAGGAAUACAAUUUCCACCUGGAUUCGCUCCACCAGGAGGUAUGCCAGCUCCCGGACAACCAGGAAUGGUUCCUCCGCCUGGUUUAUUAAACAUGCAAGCACCUCCUGGGUUUGGAGGUGCACAGGGAAUGCCAAUGGGAAUGCCACCUGCGGGACCACAAGGUCAUGGGGGACAAGGUUAUGGAAGGAGGUGAGGUAAUUUGGGAUAGAUAACGAGAUUCUAAAUAUCGCCACGCGAUUCUGUGGAGUGUGAGAUUGAGACCAGGAGAGCGAUAAAGUCAAAGAUAAAGAUAAAUAUGGUCAAGAAUACCAAAGAAGGAGAAGAGAAAACGUACCCAUGAAAAUCAAGCGCGGGCAAUGGAAAUAUAUCAGGACUGGCGUUCACAACGGCGUUCCAAAGGGGUGAGUUACCACACCACCACAUGUUGCAUUGCAUCUUUCAUCCAUCCAUUCAUCCAUCCAUCCAUUCGAUCGAUGGACGGAUCACUUUCGGCAUCGAGCAAAAUAGUUAGUAACACUUUCCUACAGCCACAGCUACAGCUACAGCUCUAGAUGGCCCAAUGUAUGCUCGUUCACACAGCAUCAAAUAUUAAAAGAUACAUACAUACACACACCCACAUACACACAAACAUACAUACAUACAUACAUACACACAUAUACAUGGAGUGAGUGAGUGAGUGAGUGUAGGAAAAACAAUAUAAUAAUAAACAAUUAUCGGCAUGAUGUUCAAAUACUCCGUA